GCCGCAACGCGCACGGCAUAUUCCGUUGGCGCGGCUUGGACGCGUCAGGCGUCACCCAGCCAGAAUGGGCCGCGGGCAGGCUGAGUUGGCCCACGGCCGAUAGGAAGGCCGGAUUGGUCCAGGGCCGUCGACGCUUCACGGUCGGGUGGGUUUCGGGGCCACCUCAGCCGCCAGCAGCUAGACGGCCCUAUCCUCGCUCCCGCGGCCGCCGUCUCCCUAUCCUGCCGCGGCGGCGAGCACGUGCGGAGCUGCGGGCGCCACCAGACAAACCCGCUCAUUCGUUCAGCCCCCCUGCCCGGAGCAAUGGAGGCGCUGCGGGCGUGGAGGGCCUCCUCCAAUCUCAUCGGCUUCGCGGCCUCCCGCGCCGCCGCCUCCGCUUCAAGGCCCCUUGGCCUCCGUAUCCGCUGCUGCUCCGCGGCCGCCGCCACCACGAACCCGCCGGCGCAGCCUCAGGACCGCCGACGCCGUAGUGCCUCCUCAUCCGCCUCCACCUCCGACCGCGACUCCAUCCGCGCCAUCCGCCUCAAAAAAGUUGAUGAGCUCAGAGGGAAGGGUUAUGAGCCGUACGCGUACAGGUGGGACAGGACUCACACGACCAAGGCGCUUCAGGAACAGUACACUCAUCUUAUGAACGGUGAAGUCUGCGAGGACGUGUCGGUGUCCGUUGCUGGCCGGAUUGUUGCCCGAAGAGCAUUUGGAAAGCUUGUUUUUAUGACUGUAAGAGAUGAUGCGGGGACUGUGCAGCUUUAUUGUGAGAAAGACAGCCUUACGGAGGACCAAUUUGAGCAACUAAAGGCGUUUAUUGAUAUUGGUGAUAUAUUAGGUGCAAGUGGAUCCAUUAAAAAGACAGAGAAAGGGGAGCUAUCUGUUUAUGUGAAAAAUUUCGAAAUUCUCACAAAAUCAUUACUCCCACUACCAGAUAAGUAUCAUGGAUUAACUGAUGUGGACAAACGUUAUCGUCAAAGGUAUGUUGACAUGAUUGCAAACCCUAAGGUCGCUGAUGUAUUCCGAACUAGGGCAAAGGUGGUUUCUGAAAUCCGCAAGACAAUGGAAUCAUUUGGUUUUAUUGAAGUCGAAACUCCAGUUCUACAGGGAGCAGCAGGUGGUGCUGAAGCUAGACCUUUUAUAACCUACCAUAACUCACUUCAAAGAGAUCUUUACUUGAGGAUUGCAACAGAGCUGCAUUUGAAAAGGAUGUUGGUUGGAGGACUUGAGAAAGUCUAUGAGAUUGGGAGAAUAUUCCGGAAUGAAGGCAUUUCUACUCGUCAUAAUCCUGAAUUUACCACUAUUGAAAUGUAUGAAGCAUAUUCAGACUAUGAAAGCAUGAUGAAUAUGGCCGAAGAAAUUGUUACUCGAUGUGCUAUGGCUACUCAUGGCAAGCUUAAGGUUGACUAUGAGGGAACUGAAAUCUCUCUCGAAAGACCAUGGAGGAGGGAGACCAUGCAUUCUCUUGUCAAAGAAGCAACUGGAAUCGACUUUAACAGCUUUGGACAAGACGUUGAAUCUGCUAAAAGAGCUGUGAGGGGACUGCCAGGUUUCGUUGUAGGGAACAGUGAAAGUACUUCACUGCAAGCCUGUUCAUCUGUUGGACAUGUUCUCAAUGAGGUGUUUGAAACAUUUGUUGAAUCUACUCUUGUACAACCAACAUUUGUCCUUGACUAUCCAGUUGAGAUAUCACCAUUGGCAAAACCACAUCGGAGUCAUGUUGGCCUUACUGAGCGAUUCGAACUUUUCAUUUGUGGUCGUGAGAUUGGCAAUGCGUUUUCUGAGCUCACAGACCCAAUUGAUCAGAGAAGCCGUUUUGAAAAUCAAAUAAAACAGCACAAUGCUAAGCGUGCUGCAAUGGCUAAGGAGGUCAAAUCUACCGAGGGUGAAGGCGACGACGAUUACUCGUAUGAAGUUUCUUUAGACGAGGACUUCUUGACUUCAUUGGAAUACGGAAUGCCACCGGCAUCAGGAAUGGGCCUCGGUAUCGACCGGUUAGUAAUGCUUUUGACGAACUCUUCUAGCAUAAGGGACGUUAUUGCCUUUCCUGUCUUGAAGAUUCAGCAAUAGAUCCCCUUCAUUCUGUGAAGAGGCGUGGCUGCUGAAGAAAACACCAGCAGCCUUCCUUUUGUGCUUGGUUCAGUACAGCAGGUUUUAUAUCUGCUGACCUUUUUAUAGCUCAUAGAUGUGGCCAUUUAUUAUUUGAUGAUGUAAUUGAGAUGUACUAUAGUUCAGAGUCCAAGCCGAUAUUAAAAACUUUAUAGAUGUUUGAAUAAUAAUGGAAUCCACAUUUUACAAUUAAUGUGCUGCAAAACAGCUAUCUCCACUGGAUACUCUGAUUCUUCAGUGACAUGGUUGCCUUGAACUACCAUUUAAGAGAUUCUUUGGUCUA